AUGGAGAAGCCAGAAGUUGAGCAUCUCUCCAACGACGAAAAGUCUGUCGGGCCUCGUGUAGUGGACAAGUUUCCCGUCGAGGCUCGAGCUGAAGCCGGAGUGCUUCUCAAUGUUGAGCGAGCUGAUGGGACCUCUCUUCGUCUCGCUGAGGAUGGACAUACCGUACUUUUGCCUCAGCCAACCGACGAUCCCGACGAUCCUCUGAACUGGUCAUCCACGAGGAAGCAUCUCAUUCUCCUCGUGGUGGCUUGGGCUGCCCUCACUUCAGACUUUACAUCGGCCGCUGGCAGCGCUCCAGUCAUUCUGCAGGCGGAAGAAUGGCACAGGUCUCCCAAUUCGAUCAACCAGAACAACAGUAUCAACGUCCUCAUGAUGGCUAUCGGCGGCUUGAUCUGGGUUCCCAUGACUUCCAUCAUCGGACGAGCGCCAACCUUGUUCUGGUCUACCUUCUUCGGCCUCAUAUUCUCCAUCCUUUCCUCUGUGGCUACCAACUUUGAGAUGUUUCUUGCCGUGCGAGCUGUACAAGGCCUCUUCCUGACGUCUGGUCAAACAAUCGCCAUCGCCUUCAUCAAGGACGUCUUCUUCUUCCACGAGCGAGCUCGAAAGAUUGGCCUAUGGGCUCUCAUGUAUAUCACUUCUCCUUACUGGGGUCCAUUGAUCGCAUACUUUGUCGUUGGCGCUACCCUCCAAUGGCAGGAUGCAUUUUGGCUAGGAGUCGGAGUUACUGCCAUCAGCUUGGUUCUUAUCCUGGCCUUUCUCGAUGAGACGUGGUAUAACCGUGACCUUCCCAUGUCCGAACAACCGCCCCGCGGCAAGGGUUUUGGUUCUCGACUUCUUCGACUCACUGGUGUUUGGCAGCUGAAGCAUCGCUCUACAUACUUUGAGACUGUUUUCAAUGCCAUCAAGAGAGUCGUGCAAAUCUUAUCAAAGCCCAUCAUUCUCCUCACUCUGUUUGCCUACUUCCUCAGCUUUGCGUGGGUAAUCGGCAUCAACAUUUCGACCGCCAUCCUCUUCGGUCUCCCCCAAGAGGUGGGUGGCUACGGUUACGGCUUUAAUGGGCUGGCACUCCUACACUUUGCUCCGAUUAUUGGCGUUUUCUUGGCCGAGGGAUUUGGUCACUUCUUCAACGACUAUCUUACUCGACGCUACGUCGGAAAGCACAACGGUGUUUUUGAACCCGAAGCUCGCCUCGUCACCAUCUACAUCUCCUCUAUUCCCAUGAUUGGUGGCUUGGUCUUGUUGGGACAGGCCUUGGCUAAACACCUCUCCGUUGCUGCAAUCGUCGUGGGAUGGGGUAUGUAUAGCUUUGGAAUCAUGCUGAUGUCUGUGGCGGUCGCGGCAUAUCUCCUGGAUGCAUACCCAUCUGCUCCUGCAGAGGUCUGUGGUUUGACUAAUGUAUUUCGAGCUCUGAGUGGUUUCAGUGUUGCGUAUUACCAGCAGGAGUGGGGAGCCAAGGCUGGGUAUGAUGUGAGCUUCGGGACUCAGGCCGCGAUUGUAGCUCUAAGUAUGAUUCUAAUUGUCCUUGUGCAUCGGUAUGGCCAUGGCCUUCGCCUGAAAUAUGGCCAAGUUAGGUAA